AUGCCGGCCGCCUUCGAGCGAACGCUGAAGCUGUGGAACAAGUACAGAGUCUCCAACAUUCCUUCCCUGGUAUUUAUCGAUGCCUCCACCGGGAAGGUGGUUUGCAGGAACGGCCUCCUGGUAAUCCGAGAUGACCCAGAAGGUCUGGAGUUCCCCUGGGGACCAAAACCCUUCAGUGAAGUUGUUGCUGGGCCUCUGCUAAGGAACAAUGGCCAGACGCUGGACAGCAGCGCCCUGGAGGGCUCCCACGUCGGGGUCUAUUUCUCCGCACACUGGUGCCCGCCGUGCCGAAGCCUCACAAGGGUCCUGGUGGAGUCCUACCGAAAAAUCAAGGAGGCGGGCCAGAAGUUUGAGAUAGUCUUCGUUAGUGCAGACAGGUCAGAGGACUCCUUCAAGCAGUAUUUCAGCGAGAUGCCCUGGGUAGCCGUGCCGUACGCCGACGAGGCCAGGCGGUCGCGCCUGAAUCGACUCUAUGGCAUACAAGGCAUCCCGACUCUCAUCGUCCUGGACUCCAAGGGAGAUGUGAUCACGCGGCAGGGGCGAGUGGAGGUGCUGAACGACAUCGAAUGCCGCGAGUUCCCCUGGCAUCCCAAGCCUGUGCUGGAGCUGACGGACUCCAACGCCGUGCAGCUGAAUGAGGGCCCCUGCCUCGUUCUCUUUGUAGAUUCAGAGGAUGACGGAGAGUCGGAGGCAGCGAAACAACUGAUUCAGCCCAUAGCUGAAAAAAUCAUCGCCAAGUACAAAGCCAAAGAGGAGGAGGCACCGUUGCUCUUCUUCGUGGCGGGCGAGGAUGACAUGACCGACUCCCUGCGGGAUUACACCAACCUGCCUGAGGCUGCGCCCCUGCUCACCAUCCUGGACAUGUCAGCCCGGGCCAAGUACGUGAUGGAUGUGGAGGAGAUCACGCCCGAGAUUGUGGAAGCCUUUGUCAGCGACUUUCUAGCAGACAAGCUAAAACCCGAGCCCAUCUAAGGGGGCUUCUGCGCCAACAGACAUUAUUUAAAACCAGGUCUCUCUUCCGCCGCUCGUGGAUUCUCCAGCGUGUCCUCACGCCCGACCCAGUAUCCAACCUUCUUGUGGUGCCUUGUUUUACGCAGUGAAUCCUUCUCCUAAGCAAGCUCCUUGAGAUGCACUUUCAGCAGGGAGUCGUUGGCGUUUGGAGACUUCGCUUGUGCUUCAUGGUGAUAUAUUCUCUAAUAACCAGGCCAGAACUGUUACCGUAUCGUUAUUUUAUACACGGCACUAGCUAGCAGGCAAAUCUUUUUGCAUGGUGUUCUUCCCAACGUAUGCAUCAGGCAGUGGAUGGGGUUCUUGGGGUUCUUUUCUUCUCCUUCUCCCCCUUCUUUCCUUUCCUACCACCCCUGCUGACUAAGUGACUUUAAGGAAGCAAUAAGGAAACUGUCUCCUUUGCCCCCAGCCCGUCCUUUCCAACGCCGGUGCCCUGACGAGGCCGAGACAAAGUCUUAACUGCUGACAACCUCUGAAAGGCCA